AUAGAUUUUUUUCCCCUUUUAAUGGAAUAUUUUGAAUGUUCAAUCAAUUUCUCUGAAAUUAUAGAGCUUUAAAAUAACUGCCGGUUUCCUUCCAUUGAGUGUGAUGUUUUUUCCUUUUUUCUCUACUUUCCCGAACUGAGCAAAGGGAAGAGGGUAUAGAAGUGGUAGGAUAUAUGCUUUUUAAAAGGCCACCCUGGGCUGGGUAUAGAAAAGCAUGAAUUAUGGUCCUAGCUUCCUCUACUGCGUAGGCAGCUUUGCUCUGCUUAAAACUGUUAGGCUUGAGGUUCAAAUCUACAAAUCCAAGGCAGCUGUAAUCCCAAACCAGCAUGGUUCUCUUCCUCCAUAUAACUAUAGCACCCAUUUAUUAGUCACCUCCUAUAUGGCAGACACAGUAUUGGUUGCUUUAUAUAUCAUCUAAUUAUCAUAAUCAAGUGAAUCAUGAUUCCCAUUUUACAGAAGACAAAAGGCUUACAGAGGCUUAGAGAUGUUAAGUAAAUUUGAACAACUAGUAAGUGGCACAGCUAGAGUUUGGAUGCAGAACUGAUUCUAAAGCCUCUGCUCUUUUCACUACACCUUGCAAUGUCAGUGCCUUGUAUUGCCAGGAAUUCUGUUUUGGGAAUGUUGGGGCUUGUACUGAUAACCUUGGCAGCUAUUGGGAAGGGCAGAAUAAUAAUAAAAUGUUUCAGUGUGUUUGAGGAGGCUCACCAACAGUCCUCUCCUGCACACACUUACUCCAGUCUUCGUUUAUUAGGUGUUCCCCACCCUGACCAUUUACAUUACAGUUUACGCCAAAUUUGGCACUGUCCCUUUUGUUAUGGAACAUAUGAUCACAUGUCUUGGUAGGUGGAAGGAGAGCUGGCAGUUUUUAUGUUUGUCAAGGCUCAAGACGAAAACAACAGAAUGAAAUCAACACAACAAUAAGUAUAUACAUAUAUUUCAUAUGUAUAUUAGAAAUUCUCCCCGUAAUAAUAGAUCACAAAGACAAAGUUAAAUAAGACUAUAUAGUCUUAUUCUGACAUAUGAAUUCCAACCUUCAGCUGUUAGUUUACUUAUUUGAAGAACAGUCAAUAGAAGGAAAUUCCAGUGUGACAAGAAUUUUGACAAUCCCUCAGUAUUAUCUCUAAUGGGAUCUAGUUACAUUGUGAUCUUCCAGGAAGGAUGUAGCUGUGUAUGUAUGUUUUAAUCUGGCAGUUACUCUUAUUCUAGUCAUACUGUAUGUGGCGAUUCCCAUUGCUGUUUUAUUAGGACCAUGGGAGGAGAGAGGCUAUUCUUCCCCCAUUUUUCUAUACUUGAGAGUUUACUGCGUAAUGUUCUCUUAGUAAUUUAAGAGUCUAAAGAUUUCUAUGCUGAUUUAACCAAUGUUUUACAUUUAGUUGGGCAGAAGUUUAUUAAUAAGUAUUUGCCACCAAACAGAUCUAACUGUAUAAAUAUGUAUUAUAUAAUUAUAUUAAGGAUAAUUUGUGUUUGAGUCAAUAAACUUUCACUCUUGUAUCAUUUUAAUAUUAGGUAUUUAAAAUGCUUUUAUAAAUCAGAUUUUUUUGGUGUGUUUAAAAAAAUAACACUAACUUAGUAGGAGACUAGGGUGCAGUUUUCAAUGGCAUUGACAGUUAUGGUGCUAUAGAAAGAAACUAUACCUGGAAUCUAACUUUAUUAUAGAGUCUUGGCUCUGCCUCUUGAUUUUUAUCUUGGAGAAAUCACUUCAUCCACUUACUCAUCUACAGGAUGAGAAUCAUAAUUUCCAUCCCCCAGUGUUUUUUUAUGAAGACGAUAUGGCAUAUAGGAGCUGUUCUCUAGAGGCAAAAUUGGGUUUAAGGGACAGGGGCAUGGCAAGGAACUAGACAUCUCAGAAGGGAGAGGGGAGGGGCUCUUUAUGGAGUUUGAACUAAGCAUUAUUAUAGUCACAGAGCCCAAGUGCUAUGUAUGGUAGGCCUAGAAUACCUCUCCCUGACAUUCUACUUCCAAAGACCAGACUUCCCUACUGGGGGUGAACUCAACCCCAGGGCAUAUUUUGUGAUUUUUGUUCCUUGUUGCCCUUCCCCCCAAGAUUGUAAAUUUUGGAGAAGCCAUUCUUUCACCUUUGUAUCCUCUGGGAACCAAACAGAUCAUUAGUAUAAGUGCUUGAUGUGUUUGAUAUUAGACAAAGUCCCUAUACAGAAUAGGGAAUCCGGUUAGCAACUGGAUAACCAUUAUCAGUAUUUAAGUUAAAGCCAAUUUUAAGUUCUUCCUUCUCUCCAAAGGAAAGAACAGUGGUGUUUUUCCUAAAAGAAAAUCUUAAAUUGAAUCGGGUCGCUAGUGUUCAGCCUAAAGCCGGCAAAGAAAUAGGUGCAAGGUUGGGGAGGACGAUAAUUAACCAUAUUUCGGUUGUGCUCUGGCUCAGGAGGAGCCCUGGCGCUGGUCCCAACAGGAAUGCCCGUCCCACCCAACCCGAGUUGUGGGGUGCAAGGCAGACAGUUGUCUCCGUCCCUCCAAGCCACUGUGGCUGGGUUUCUGGUCUUGAGAGAUGCAGAUGAAGUGGUGUGAAGGGUUGGGCUUUUUUUUUUGUUCCUAAAAAUGCAACGAACAAAAAAAAAAGUACAACAAUCCAAACCCAACCAUCUUGUUGCGCGCCAGCUUUCUUCCCGGGUGGCUCCACCGGGGACGGCGCCGCCUCCUGUCGCCCGCGCUCCGUCAGGCCCAGCCCACGAGUCUUAGCGAGCCGUCAGCCUGCCAGCGCCCAGGCUCGGCGGGCUCUGGGCACCGCGCUCCGCGCCGCGCGCAGCCCCUCUGGAAGGGAGAGAAGCGAGCAGCCCGGGACCCUCCCCUCUUCCAGGCGCACCGCAGGCGGUGGCAGUUAUUGGUGGCGGUUGUUGACACCGGAAGGACUCCCGCCUCACCUCACCCACCGCCCCCCACCCCCACCCCCACCCUGGGAAAGACGAGACUCGGGAGACAGAACAAAGGCGAAGCCCGGCCGAGGAGGCGGACCGAGGUGCCGGGAGAGGAGGGCGGUGGGGCGGGGCACGGCGGGCGCCGCGAGUCCAUUUUGCUGCGGUGCCCAGCCGGUAACGCGCGGUCCCCGCUGCUGGAGGACAGGCGGCCGCGCGGCUCCAGGUGGGGCCCCUCCCACGACCCCCCAAGUAGCCUCGUUUGAUUGUCAAUCACAACGUGAGAAAAAAACAAAAACCUGAUUGCUUUGUCCUGGGAAAUAGUAACCCUGACGAAUACACCUGCUCGCAGGGGACAGAGGAUGUGAUGGAGCUGCUUGAAGAAGAUCUCACGUGCCCAAUUUGUUGCAGUCUGUUUGAUGAUCCGCGAGUUUUGCCUUGCUCACACAACUUUUGCAAAAAAUGCUUAGAAGGGAUCUUAGAGGGGACUGUGCGGAAUUCCUUGUGGAGAUCCUCUCCAUUCAAGUGCCCUACAUGCCGUAAGGAAACUUCAGCUACUGGAGUCAAUAGCCUGCAGGUUAAUUACUCCCUGAAGGGUAUUGUAGAAAAGUAUAACAAGAUCAAGAUCUCUCCCAAAAUGCCAGUGUGCAAAGGACACUUGGGGCAGCCUCUCAACAUUUUCUGCCUGACUGAUAUGCAACUGAUUUGUGGGAUCUGUGCUACUCGUGGUGACCACACCAAGCAUGUCUUCUGUUCUAUUGAAGAUGCCUAUGCUCAGGAAAGAGAUGCCUUUGAGUCCCUCUUCCAGAGCUUUGAGACCUGGCGUCGGGGAGAUGCUCUUUCUCGCUUGGAUACCUUGGAAACUAGCAAAAGGAAAUCUCUACAGUUACUGACUAAAGAUUCAGAUAAAGUAAAGGAGUUUUUUGAGAAGUUACAACAUACAUUAGAUCAAAAAAAGAAUGAAAUCCUGUCUGACUUUGAGACCAUGAAACUUGCAGUUAUGCAAGCCUAUGACCCAGAGAUCAACAAACUCAACACCAUCUUGCAGGAACAACGAAUGGCCUUUAACAUUGCUGAGGCUUUCAAAGACGUGUCAGAACCCAUCAUAUUUCUGCAACAGAUGCAGGAGUUCAGGGAGAAAAUAAAAGUAAUCAAGGAAACUCCUUUACCUCCCUCUAAUUUGCCCACAAGCCCUUUAAUGAAGAACUUUGAUACCAGUCAAUGGGAAGACAUAAAACUAGUAGAUGUGGAUAAACUUUCUUUGCCUCAAGACACUGGCACAUUCAUUAGCAGGAUUCCCUGGAGCUUUUAUCAGUUAUUUGUGGUAGUCAUUCUGCUUAGCUUUCUUAUUUUCUUCGGUCCCACCAUAUUCCUAGAAGGGUCUUUAUUUGAUGAAUUCACAAGUUGGAAAGACCAUCUCUCAAACUUCAGUUCCUAUCUGACUAAAUCAGCUGAUUUUGUAGAACAAUCAAUGUUUUACUGGGAACAGGUGAUGGAUGGGUUUUUCAUUUUCAGUGAAAGAUUUAAGAAUUUUACUUUGGUGGUGCUGAACAAUGUGGCAGAAUUUGUGUGCAAAUAUAAACUACUAUAAAAUCUGUUGCAA